GUCAAUGUCGAUCAAGGUCCCAAUGCAACGAAGAUCUAUGUGCAUAAAAGCGUCCUCUGCGCGAGUUCCGAAUUCUUCAAAGCCAAAGCGAGGCGGGUAUGGUCCAAAGGCGAAGCGACUGUUGAUCUCCCUCACGUCUCCCAGCAUGCAUUCAUGCUCUACGCUAAUUGGGCGUACUCUGGUAAAGUUAAUGAAACCAGCGUCCCAGACCAAGCCGACUGGGAAAUACUGGCAGAGGCAGCGGCUCUUGGCCAGCAGCUCAUGGAUAGUGCGUUUAAACAUUCCGUAAUGGAUACGAUG